CGCACAAUCCUUCACACGAUGGCCAAUAGCACCGCCACCACCACUCAGCAGCCUCCUCGGCCAGCCCACUCGAAGCUAUUUCGAGUUAUUGCUGUACUCAUACUAACCCUAAUAGUCAUUGUGGGUCUAGUUGUGCUAAUCACCUGGCUGAUAAUCAGACCAAAAUCAAUGGAGUAUUCUAUUGAGAAUGGUUCUGUGCAUAACCUUAACCUCAACAGCAACAACAACCACCUCAACGCCUCGUUCGAUUUUGUUAUCAGGGCAUAUAAUCCUAAUACCAGAAUAUCUAUAUACUAUGAUUACAUUGAUGUUUCAUUAUCUUAUGAUGAUCAGACCCUUGCCUUCAACACCCUUGAGCCAUUCCAUCAACCUCGUCGAAAUGUGACUCGGCUAGAAGCGAAGAUCGAGGCUAGAGAUGCAGCACUGUCACAGGCACUGUCUAAAGAUAUGAGGAUUGAAAAAGCAUCAGGACAGCUCCAGUUAGACCUCAGGCUUAAGGCAAGAAUCAGGUUCAAGGUUGGUGUAAUGAAGUUUAAGCAUCGACAUUUAAGUGUUAUAUGUCCUGCUGUGAUGGUGCACUUCUCUUCUUCCAAGAUUGCACAGAGGAGUUACUGCGACAUAGAAUACUAGCUCAGAUACUCUACAGAACAUAAGUAUUUUUUUUCUUUUACAAAUUUCUUUUUCUAAUUGUGGGUUUUAUUUUUCUGCUUGAUUUGUUUUUUUUUUUUCACUGACGAAAUUGAUUCUGUAGUUAAGAAUCGUUGACGCCAUAUCUUUCUUUUUCUAAUUAUUGUUUUUGUACUGUAAGGGGUGUUUAUUACGUAUUCAAAAUGUAUUUGAACGUGUGUAUCAUGAUUUCUAUUCUUUUUAAAUUUACAAUCUUCUUGCUGUUU